AGAAAUUUAAGCCCUUCAGAAAUACUAAGAUCCGGAAGAGAAUAUAUACUCCAAUAAAUAUAGUUGUAGUUACUAAACAUUCUGGGAUAUCUAUGUAUCUUGUUUUGGAAAUGGAAACUCAUCCAAUCGUGCGGAGAAGACAUUGAAAAUGACAUUUUAGUCCACUCUUUAUAAGUUAGUUGGAACGAAGCCAAACAUUUCACAACUUGUUCCCAUUUGCAUGCCAUGUCCACCAGCGUUGCAUUAGAGUCUCUCUUCCCUCUUUGCCGAAGAGAAUCUCCAUUUCACCGCCACAAACCAAUCCCCUUCAGACCCUUCUUUCUCACUUGUUCUUCCAACCUUAAUGAUGCCUCCUUCGUUUCCCACCAACCUCGUAGGACCCUCUCUCCCGCACUUGAAGCUUCCCUUGCGGACACACCCAUCCUCCACUCCCUUCAAUGCCCUCAAACCAUCACCAACACUUUCCAAAUCAACCGAACCCAAAUGGUGGAGGGAAAGAUUUUUGUGAGAUUAGAUCCCGGAAAGGAUUUGAGGGAUCGGGAGCUUACCGUGAGUUGCAAUAUACCCGGAAAAUGGAUUCUUCACUGGGGAGUUACCUAUGUUAAUGAUGUUGGAAGGGAAUGGGAUGAACCUCCUUGUGAUAUGAUACCCCCUGGCUCUGUUCCUGUAAAGGAAUAUGCAAUAGAGACCCCUUUGAAGAAUUCAUCCUUGUCAGCUGAAGGAGAUACGCUUCAAGAAGUCAGGAUUGAUCUUAAAGACAACAAUGGAAUUUCAGCGGUUAAUUUUGUUCUCAAGGAUGAGGAGAAUGGAACUUGGUAUAAAAACAAAGGAAGAGAUUUCAAGGUUUCUUUGAUCAACAACCUUAAGGCGAAUUCAGAUACUAAUAUAAUUGGACCUAAAAGGGGCUUUGAUUUAUGGCCAGGGAAUUUGGGGCAGAUAUCUGAGAUGUUCUUCAAGUCAAGAGCUGACAGAGAUGAAAGAAGUGAAUCCAGAGUUCCAGAAAAAGAAAAUAAUCAACCAGAACGUUUCUAUGAAGAAGUGUCUGUAACAAAGAAGGUUUCAGUUAAGAACUCUAUCAGUGUCUCCACCAAAAAAUGCUUCGAGUCUGGGCAAGUUAAGGACCUCAUACAUUUUGAAACUGAUCUACCUGGGGAUGCUGUCCUUCACUGGGGAGUUUGUAGGGAUGAUUCAAAAAAGUGGGAAGUUCCACCUCCUCCUCAUCCACCAGGCACGGUAUCAUUUAAAGGCAGGGCUUUGAGAACUCAAUUACGGCCAAGAGAUGGUGGAAAAGGAUCUUCAGCACUAAUCACCUUAGAAGAAGGAUUUUCAGGAUUUGUUUUUGUUCUUAAGCAAAAUGAAAAUACUUGGUUCAAGUACAUGGGAAAUGACUUUUAUAUCCCCCUUUCAAGUCCUAAUGGCUUACUUAAUGUUGGCAACAUAAAGGAUCAGUCAGCAGGUGUGCAGAGGGAAGUGAUUAAAGAGGCUAGUCAAGAUACUUCUUUCUUUGCAUUUGCUGAUACAAUAGCCAAUGACAUAAGAAAUUUGAUCACAGACAAUUCCUCUGAGAAGAGUCAAAAGACAAAAUCCAAAAAAGAACAACAAAGCAUUUUUCAGGAAAUUGAAAGACUAGCUGCUGAAGCCUAUAAUAUGUUCAGAAGCUCCAUUCCAAUUUUCUCAGAGGCAACUAUUGCAGAACCUGUAGCAACUUUUGUGGAACCUGAGACUGCUAUGGUGGAACCUCAGGUAACAACUAUUGUGGAACCUGAGACAACUAUGGCGGAAACUCAGGCAACAACUACUGUGGUACCAGCGACUUCAGUGGAAUCAGAUACACUGUCCCUGGAUCCAAAAAUAUGCUCAGGGACAGGUACAGGAUAUGAAAUUUUGUGCCAAGGGUUUAACUGGGACUCUCAUAAAUCCGGAAGAUGGUACAUGGAGCUUAAAGAGAUAGCUUCAGAACUAGCAUCACUUGGAUUCACUGUGGUCUGGUUACCACCACCUACAGAGUCUGUUUCACCUGAAGGAUACAUGCCUAAGGAUUUAUAUAAUUUAAGUUCCAGAUACGGAAACAUUUAUGAACUGAAAGAUUUGGUGAAAACAUUUCAUGAAGUUGGGAUCAAAGUUCUAGGAGAUGCAGUUUUAAAUCACCGCUGUGCUCAUUAUCAGAAUAAGAAUGGUGUUUGGAACAUAUUUGGAGGCCGUCUUAACUGGGAUGAUAGUGCAGUUGUUGGUGAUGAUCCACAUUUUCAGGGUAAGGGCAACAAGAGUAGUGGAGAUAAUUUUCAUGCUGCUCCAAACAUUGAUCAUUCACAGGAAUUUGUGAGAGAGGAUCUCAAAGAAUGGUUAUGCUGGUUGAGGAAAGAAGUUGGGUAUGAUGGAUGGAGGCUUGACUUUGUGAGAGGAUUUUGGGGUGGUUAUGUAAAGGAAUACAUAGAUGCAAGUGAACCUUAUUUUGCUGUGGGAGAGUUCUGGGAUUCUCUCAGUUAUACAUCUGGUGAAACGGAUCAUAAUCAAGAUGCUCAUAGGCAGAGGAUAAUUGACUGGAUCAGUGCCACUAAUGGUACCGCUGGUGCAUUUGAUGUUACCACUAAAGGAAUUCUCCACUCUGCAUUAGAAAAAUGUGAAUAUUGGCGAUUGUCAGAUGAGAAGGGAAAGCCUCCAGGAGUUGUUGGGUGGUGGCCAUCUCGUGCUGUUACCUUUAUAGAGAAUCAUGACACUGGUUCCACCCAGGGUCACUGGAGAUUUCCUCGUGGAGAAGAAAUGCAAGGAUAUGCUUACAUUCUUACUCACCCAGGAACCCCAUCAGUGUUUUAUGACCACAUUUUCUCUCGCUAUAAAACUGAAAUAGAAUCUCUGAUAUCUAUCAGGAAGAGGAACAAGAUCCACUGCAGGAGUACAGUUCAAAUUAGUAAAGCAGAAAAGGAUGUUUAUGCAGCCAUCAUCGAUGAAAAAGUUGCUAUGAAGAUUGGACCUGGAGAUUUUGAACCUCCUAGUGUCUCCCAGAAAUGGUCAUUAGCUAUUGAGGGAAAAGACUAUAAGAUUUGGGAAGCAUCAUAAUCAUAAUAUAAUCAUUACUAAUUUGUAUCUUAUAAUUAAGUAUGUACAUACAUAGUCCUUUGUACAUUCUUCCUCAUGCAUAUCCCGUUGUCUCACUCAAGAAUAGUUUUUCCUUUGUUGUAUUUGGAUGGUGGUAUAGUUGUGCCAUGCUGUUGCUUAACGUAUAUACAUAGGAUUUUGGCCACAUAAGCAACACUACCUAGAAGGCCGCGUAGGGUAUAUUUCAGCCUAAUGCUGGCUCAUCUGGAACUAGAAAAUUUUGGAUGCUUUAAAAGUUGGGAAAUGAGUUGUAUCAUAUACUAUAUAUAUUUACGUAGUGUAUGAUUUUUACACAACCCGGUUGAUGGUAAAUAAAAUUUCUCAACUGUCUCACGGAUAA